CUCCAACCGUCUUGGACUUUCGUUAACCAUCUGGGUGAAUCCAACUCAUUUCGGGUCCAAAUGGAGAAUAUUUACGUCUGUGGGGACGAUGGUUUUGGUCCUCAAGUGAACCAUUGUCGAGGCGGCUUUGAUUUUACUUUACUAUUCGAAGAAUGCUUUCUCUCAAUUGCCCCAUCGGCGCUGCUGCUGCUGGCACUCCCUUUUCGCUACAAGCAACUAUGGCGAAAACGCAAUCUCAAGGUCUUACAAAGUCCACUAUACUGGGCCAAGCUGGUUGCAGCCCAGGUUCUGGGAGCAUGCCAGCUCUCUCUGCUGGUGAUUUGGUUCCUCCCUCAUGCACCACGAACGCAAACGUCCCUGGCGGCUGCAGCCUUGUCCUUCUUCACCUCCGUUGCCCUCUUGUUCCUAUCGCACUUGGAACACCUAUAUUCUAUUCAGCCGUCCUUUCUGCUCAACCUCUCCUUAUCCUUGUCAAUCGUCUUCGAUAGUGUGCGUGCAAGGAGCUUAUGGCUAGCCUCCUACACUGUUCUUGCGGCAAUCUACACGGCCAGUAUCGCCGUUAAAGUGGUCUGGUUUUGUUUAGAGUCGAGGUCGAAGCAAGCACACUUCGUCGAUCAAAGAACGCGGUAUGGCGACGAGGAAGUUCGUGGUUUGUAUAGCCGUGCCUUCUUCUGGUGGAUUAACCCUUUUCUUUUCCUCGGGUUCAGAGAAAGAUUAUCGGUGGAUGAGCUGCCGCAUCUGGACCAAGCUCUGUCGGCAAAUGUACUCCAUCGGAGUUUCUCGGCGCAAUGGACAUCUACUUCAAAAUCCGGCCAAAAUGCAUUGGCAUAUUGCACCGUAUCUACGUUCAAAGCUUCGGUCAUUUACUCGUUUCUAUCGCGACUGGCAAUGAUUGGGUUGAAUUUUGCCCAGCCAUUCUUGAUAACAAGCCUAACCAAUUACGUGGGGAGCGAUGAUCCCGAUAUGAAUGAUGGUUAUGGCCUGAUUGGGGCGUUUGCUUUUGUUUUUGGUCUGAAAGCAGUCUCCAACUGUCUCUACGAGCAUCAUACAUUCCGGCUCAUAACCCAGAUACGAGGUUCCCUUGUAUCCGUGAUCUACGACAAAACACUUGAGCUGAAGUUUGAUGAGUACAGUGACUCGGCUGCCCUGACUUUGAUGAGCAACGAUAUCGAUAAUAUUGCAUCAGGGGUCCAGAAUAUGCACGAGGUCUGGGCAAGUCCAGUAUCUGUGGCUGUCGCAUUAUAUCUUCUGCAGCACGAGGUGGCUUGGGCCGCUGUAGUUCCAGCGGUUCUUACCUUUGCGGUCUUCUACUUGACACAUCUAAUAUCAAAGUCGGCCCCGGGGAGGCAAAAGAUAUGGAUGCAGGCUGUUCGGGAAAGGGUGGCAUUUGCGUCAAGUUACCUCGAUGCAAGCACGACCAUCAAGAUGCUUGGUCUCCACAAUCUCGAAAUUCCGACAUCUGAUGGUGAAGAUGAAUCUACUAGCGGGUACGACAACAAGCCUGAGCCCGGUCCUCACUCUCAGCCUCUAUACUGGGAUUGCCCUUCACACGGGGCGCAGCCCAUUGACAGUGAACUCCAAUCCUUGAAUACUGGCAGUAGAGGAGCGGCACAUCGCCCUUUCGCCGCCGAAACAGAUCUGGUACAUGUUUCUCAGGCUGACUUUGGGUGGGACCGCAAUUCGGCAGCUACGCUUUCGAACAUCGAUCUCAGAUGUCCUCCUUCACCCCUCAUCAUGAUUACCGGGCCGAUUGGUUCAGGAAAGAGCACACUUCUACAUGCAAUUCUUGGGGAGAUCCCCUGCUUGAAGGGCUUCAUUCACACCAAGGUCUGUGACAUAGCCUAUUGCAACACGAAGACCUGGAUUCGAAACAGAUCAAUUCGCGAUAACAUCUGUCAGCCCUUCCCUUACGAUGAAAAAUGGUACCGCACAGUGCUUCGCUCGACUGCUCUUGAUCAUGACAUUGAAAGUCUUUCUCAGAAAGAUCAUACAGUCAUUGGCAGCAAUGGUAUGACAACCAGUGGUGGGCAGCGCCAACGCAUCGCUCUUGCCCGUGCGAUCUAUGCACGGAAGCGAUUAGCUGUUUUCGAUGAUGUUUUGAGUGCUCUGGAUGCUAAGACAUCAGAGCAGGUUUUUACACGCGUAUUUGGAGCACAGGGCAUCUUGCAUCAGCAGGGGGUUACCACCAUCAUGACAACACAUGAUCAGAAACUCCUUGCCUUUGCGGAUCAUGUUGUUGUGCUUCGAGAUGGGAAAAUCUCAGAGCAAGGACCUCCCCGCAAGCUUCAACUUUGGAAUCACCUGAAUGAAACAACAUGCAGUCCACACUUAACUGACGAGCCCCAAGGAACAGCACCAAAUAAUCGGAUGGCCUCGGGCACAUCGCCUCAGAGUGAUGACAUGGACAGGAAACUGGGAGACUUGAGCAUCUAUGCGUACUACCUACGAGCUGCUGGCUCCCGGAAAGUGUUGCUCUAUUUCAUCGCCUUAGUGAUUGGCGUGUUCUGCUCGCAAUUCCCCAGUCUCUGGGUUCAAUGGUGGGCGGAAGAGAAUGCACGAACCCCAUUUGGACAUCUCGGCCUGUACAUCGGCAUCUAUGCAGUGAUGGCCGCUCUUGGGGCUGCGUUGUGGGCUUCAUGCAUGUGGCUCGUCUUCUGUCGGAUUGUUCCCACAUCCUCAAACCGGCUCCACGAUUACCUGGUGGAAAAGGUGAAAAAAGCGCCCUUGCACUGGCUCACAUCCACCGACAGCGGCGUCACCCUCAAUCGAUUUAGUCAAGACAUGACCUUGAUUGACCGAUCACUCCCAGCUGACUUUCUCAAGACAUCCAACAACUUCGCCCAAUGCGUGAUGAGUGCAGUGUUCAUCUCCGUGGGAGCCAAAUACAUGGCCGCGUUUAUUCCCUUUGCGGUCUUCGUUAUUUAUUGGAUUCAAAGAUUCUAUCUCCGAACAUCACGACAACUCCGCUAUUUGGACCUUGAAAGCAAAUCCCCCCUGUACACCCAAUUCACGGAGACACUCAAUGGUCUUGUCACUAUUCGCGCAUUUGGUUGGCAAGACAGCUUCCAACGAGAACACCUCGAGCUGCUUCAAAGAUCCCAACGGCCCUACUAUGCACUCUUUGUCAUUCAACGGUGGCUGCUUCUUGUUCUGGACCUGUUUGUUGCUGGGGUUGCAGUUUUGCUAGUCAUAUUUGCCGUGAUUAUUCCCGGGAUUGGUCCCAUCGGUGUCUCGCUUAUCUCAUUGAUCACAUUCAAUCAGCAGCUGUCAGAGCUGAUCAAUUUCUGGACUUCGAUGGAGACCAGUAUUGGCGCGGUGACCCGCAUCCGAAGUUUCCAGAAGGUCCCCUCGGAGGAUCUUCCUGGAGAAAACCUAGUUCCUUGUGCUGACUGGCCAUUAGAGGGACGUAUCGUCUUCAAGAACGCCUGUAUAGGCUAUGACCUGGCUUCCCCGCCCGUCCUCCGUCAGAUAUCCUUGACCAUCUCCGCUGGAACCAAGCUGGGGGUGUGUGGGCGCACUGGAAGUGGCAAGAGCUCGCUUCUCCUUGCCCUCCUCCGUCUGGUUGAAGUUCAAAGUGGUGAUAUUACCAUUGAUGCCGUGAGUCUACAAUCAUGCCCCCGAGACGUUAUCCGCGAUCGGGUUACUGUGAUUCCGCAGGAACCGGUUUUGUUUCGAGGUACUGUCCGCGAUAACAUUACCGGGUUCACCCCUGUUGAUGAUGACCGAGUUCUGUAUGCUCUUGGAAAGGUGCAGCUACAUGAGCAUGUCAUGAGCAGCGGGGGUCUGGAUGUCAAGAUCGAUGACCUCCCCCUGUCCGCCGGCCAGCGACAGCUCAUUUGCCUGGCGCGGGCUAUUGUGAUGAAACGAAAGAUCCUGCUUCUGGAUGAGGUCACCAGCCGGGUGGAUGAUGUGACGGACACCCUGAUGCAGGAAGUGAUCCGCACCGAGUUUGCUAACUGUACUGUCAUUGCGAUUGCACACCGAGUUCAUACCUUGGUGGAUUACGACCAGGUUGCUGUCAUUGAUCAAGGUAGGGUCGUUGAGUAUGACACGCCCGGGGCGCUUCUAGGACAAUCUGGAUCGCUUUUCAAGCAGAUGCUUGAGCAAAGGUCUGGGUUGAGGUAGACGGUAUCAAGUGGGAUUCAUAGAUGCCACUAUCCGGCUUGCGUGAUGUACAGUGUAGUAGCCCAGUUGAACCCACAGUUAGAUCCAUGCUGCUGAAAGCGGGCUGGCUAGUCAGGGGCACGAUGUCGCCCUCAAUCAAUCAAGUUUCU